UCAUCUCCACACAACCCAUUCCUAUAGUCUUCCCAAGGAGGUUCCAACUGAAAAGCGAGAGAGAGAGAGAGAGAGAGUAGGAAACAAUGGCUGCCUCACUACAAGCAGCGGCGACGCUCAUGCAGCCCACCAAGCUCGGCGGCAGGACCACCGUGCAGCUGAGGUCUUCUCAGAGCGUUUGCAAGGCAUUCGGAGUUGAGCAGAGCAGUGGGAGGCUUACUUGCUCUCUUCAACUGUCUGAUAUCAAGGACUUGGCUCACAAGUGUGCUGACGCUGCCAAGGUUGCUGGGUUCGCUCUCGCCACUUCUGCCCUCGUUGUCUCGGGAGCAAGUGCAGAGGGUCCCCCAAAACGGCUAACCUUUGACGAAAUUCAGAGCAAGACAUACCUAGAAGUGAAAGGAACUGGGACUGCUAACCAGUGCCCAACCAUUGAAGGUGGUGUUGACAAAUUUGCCUUCAAGCCAGGCAAAUACCAAAUGAAGAAAUUUUGCUUGGAACCCACAUCAUUCACUGUCAAGGCCGAUAGUGUUAGCAAGAACGCCCCACCUGAGUUCCAAAGAACCAAGCUCAUGACCCGUUUAACCUACACCCUCGAUGAGAUUGAGGGACCCUUCGAAGUAUCUCCUGAUGGCUCUGUUAAGUUCGAGGAGAAAGAUGGAAUUGACUACGCUGCUGUCACUGUUCAACUGCCAGGUGGCGAGCGUGUGCCCUUCCUCUUCACCAUCAAACAGCUGGUGGCAUCUGGUAAGCCAGAGAGCUUUGGUGGGCAGUUUUUGGUGCCAUCAUACCGUGGUUCGUCUUUCUUGGACCCAAAGGGAAGAGGUGGCUCUACUGGUUAUGACAGUGCAGUUGCACUGCCAGCAGGAGGGAGAGGGGAUGAAGAAGAGCUUGUUAAGGAGAACAUAAAGAACACUGCAUCGUCAACAGGGAAAAUCACCUUGGGCGUCACAAAUAGCAAGCCUGAAACAGGGGAGGUGAUUGGAGUGUUCGAGAGUAUUCAGCCAUCUGACACCGAUUUGGGGGCAAAGGUUCCAAAGGAAGUGAAGAUCCAAGGAGUCUGGUAUGCUCAACUGGAGUGAUGGGGGUUUUUAUUUUUAUUUUUUAAUUUUGAUGUAUUUCAGAUUUUGUGAUAAGUUGAAGUCUUCUUGAAAUUACUGUAACCCGGUUGGACAAACAAUGAGAUUAUUGUUGUUCUUGUAUAUUAUCAUGGCUUCUUAUGAUAAUGUUCUAAAUUUCAAGUCUUUUUUUA